GCCCCCUCCGAAUUCCCCGGCCUCGUCGGCUGUCUGUAGCGACAAUAACGCAGCCAGAAUUGGGCUCUGUGGACGGGGAUGUCCCGGGGCUGGGAUACGGAGGGAUGAUGAUGAUGGCUAAAGCAUAUCCCGUGCCCUUGUCUCACACCCACGUGAUGGUCAAGCAGGAAGCGGACGAUGAUUCGGACACAGACGAGCCCAAUAUGUUGCUCAAGAAGUCGGAUAGCAACGAGGCUCAAAUAAUCCACAGCGGCCACUUCAUGGUGUCCUCCCCGCACAGCGAGCACCCGCCCAAGAAAGGAUACGAUUUCGAUACGGUCAACGAGCAGGCCUGCCAGACAUACAGCUUCGGAAAGACCAGCACAUGUCACCUUUCUAUAGACGCGUCACUCACUAAACUGCUGGAGUGCAUGACACUGGCAUACAGUGGGAAGCUGGUUUCACCAAAAUGGAAAAACUUCAAGGGCCUGAAGCUUCAGUGGAGGGAUAAGAUCCGGCUGAACAAUGCUAUUUGGCGCGCUUGGUACAUGCAGUAUAUAGAAAAACGCCAAAACCCAGUGUGUCAUUUUGUGACCCCCCUAGAUGCAACUAUUGAUUUCGAAGAGCAUAGACGGCCAGAGGCUAUUGCCACAGAAGGAAAAUACUGGAAAAGGCGAAUUGAAAUAGUUGUACGGGAGUAUCACAAGUGGAGAACAUACUUCAAAAAAAGGUUGCAGAAGCACAAAGAUGAAGAUCUCUCAAGUUUGGUUAAAGAUGAUGACGACAUGGCUCCAUGGCAUAACAUUGCAGAUGACCGAGAUUCCCCAGUGCCGAUGGAAGAGGAGCCUCUUCUCGACAUGGAGAUGCUUAUGGCCGAAUUUAGCGACACUUUAUUUUCUACUAUUUAUACCCAUCAGCAUAAUCCAAAAGAGAUAGAGCAUGCUGGGAAUGCUGAUAUGAUCCAACCAGAACUUUUUCCACUACAACCUAACCUGGAUUUGAUGGAUACUUUUGAAUCCUUCCAGGAUAUUUUCCCCCCUAGUCGUCUGUUAUCUGCAGGACUUUUUGGUACUAUCCCUGUUGUUCCUGCCACCCCCCUGCCUGACACGGCUUUACGUUCUUGUGGUCCGGUUUCGCAGCCUCCUGUGUUGACCAGCAGAACUCCUGUGAAUCUAGAGGAGGAGUUAAUCCCGUCCCCAAGUCCUCCAUCCAUCCUCCCACGGGUUCCAGAAGGCAGAAGAGAGCGUGCAUCAAGUGUUGGCAGCAUCCCUACUGUUCAAGAGCCUGUUAAGUUCAAUUCAGAGACUUCAAUAACCAGACAGGGUUAUGGCCCGCUGUUCCCCCCUCCAGUUACGCUCUUCCAGUCCACUUCCUCACAGACUGUACCUCCAAAUCCCAGCCUGGCACCCCAGCCUUCCUUUGUUACACCGGACACUGAGAAGUUUGCUCUUUGCAGCACCUCUGUUAUCACGCACACUGCCUCUGCCACACAUACCCAUAACCCUGCUGCAACUACCUUCAGCCAGAGCCAGAACCUCAUUCUAACUACCCAACAAGUGCCUUGCAACAUUUCACUGCAACCUGCAGGGGUCCCUCAGCAAAAUACCCCUCAGUCCCACACGUACUUUACCGUCUCCAAAACUGGAGUUAAACAGAAAAAGCAGCCUCAAAAAAUUGUGCCUGCUCCUCAGCCUUUACUUUUAAAAAAUGCCUUCCUCACUCCUGCUUCCUUUCCAGGGCAGACUCAAGCUGUGAUAGUGUCUCCUGCACCACUUAAAACAGACACCAUGCUGGCUCCCAGGAUUACUCAGUCCAAUGUGGUUAUUGCUCCAGCUGGAAUUGCAGGGGUGUCUGCAGUAGCAGAGUUCCAUGGCAGUAUUCUUGUGGGACCAGCUCCACAACCUCAGGGCAACCAGAAGUCUAAACCUGCAGGUCCUCACAUUUUCCCCAGCCCUUCAACUGAAGCUUUGGUGAAGAGAGAGGGUGUGCCAUCCCAGUCCAGUAACAUACCUUCUCCUUCUUCCUGCAGAGAUUGCCAGAAUUCAGUUCAAGGAUCCCCAUGUGCAUCUGAACACAGCCUCAGCCCCCCACAUAGCUCAGGAAAAAACACAGCAGGCUCUCGUAACGUCACUUUAAAGAAUCAAAGACUGAAGCAUAUUUCAGCAGAACAGAAGCGGAGGUAUAACAUAAAGAGCGCAUUCAGCACAUUAAACAGUUUUGUGUCACCCAGUACCAAACCGAUCAGCCAUGCAAUAACUCUACAGAAGACUGUGGAAUACAUUGCCAAACUGCAGCAGGAGAGAGCCCAUGUAGUGGAAGAAACCAGACGACUCAGGGAAGAGGUGGAGGAGCUCAAUAUUGCCAUCAAGUCAUGUCAGCAGCAGCUCCCAGCCACUGGGGUCCCUAUAACGCCUCAGAGGUUUGAUCAUAUGAGGGAUCUAUUUGAUAAAUAUGUGAAAAGCAGGACCCUUCAGAAUUGGAAGUUCUGGAUUUUUAGCAUCAUUAUAAAACCAUUAUUUGAGUCUUUCAAUGAUAUGGUGUCAACAACCAGUUUAGAGGAGAUGUACAAAACAACACUAGAAUGGCUGGAACAACACUGCUCUCUACUUGCUUUGAGACCAAUGGUGCUAACUACAUUGCGACAGCUGAGCACAACUACAUCCAUCUUGUCUGACCCAGCGAGUUUGCCCCAGCAAGCCAAGCAGGCCGUGUGUAAGAACAGAAAAAGUGGGGGAGAAACCUAAGUGAUGAACUUAGCUUGGUGGGAUCCCCAUAUGCAAAAGAGAAGAGCGUCAUGUCCUGCGUUGCUUUGCUUUCCUUGAGUCAUCUUGACACUCCACCUUGUGAUGCAAAGUGUGUUCCAAUGGUCGUUUUCAGGAUUUAUUACCAGGAAUUCCAAGCUCUGUGAAUACACAGUGUGUUCCUUGAUGUGGCAGAGAUAACAAGAGUUUCUGCAUUUACAAGCUCACCAAACUCUGAGUUCUGACUUCAGAAUCACUGAAAGAAAUUAAAGGGAAAGGCAUUUUGGUGACAAUGAAUAAAUGCCUUUUUUUUUUUUUUUUUUUUUUUUUUUUUACUGUUGGAUUGUCAACAUAAGGUUCUAAGAAAAUAUCAUUUUAAAUAUCUCCAUAGUGGAGCAUUUAAUAAAACAGGAACUGAGUGCUGGAUUAUUGAUCAACUGAAGAAAUCCUUUCUACGCUGUUGCUGUAAUGAUAUGUUGAGCAAUCAAGAGGGCAAUUAAUGUCUUAGAAAAGGACAACAUCAAUGUUGAAUAAUACAAUUUACCUGUGACUUGAUUUAAAACAAAAAAACUAAAAGAGUACUCUAUUUUGUUCCUGGUGGAACUACCACAUUACAGGUUUAUGUCCAGAAGACUUUUACCAACAAUGCAAUCUCUACUUUUUCUUUUUAUGGAAAGGUUCAUCUGCACAACAGUGAAUUACACCUGGUGAUUUGUCUCAGGGUCAGAUUCUGAUUUUGCAUAUUAGGUAGCUUUCCCUUUUAUAAAUAACAACAAACCCUUUCUGCUAAAGGCGCACAGAUAUGUCAAAGUGCAAACUUUUUCUACGUAGGGAUUGUUUCAAUUAAAUUAAUUUGGAGGGAAGGAUAACAUAUGUAGCUCCUCCGAAAAAUGUCAUCAGGAGACAAAUUAUUUUAAAUUUCAAUAAAUAUAGGUUCUAGGUUUUUUUUCAUGAUGCAGUUUUUACUGCAGACCCAUUAAAGGGGCAUUGAAGUGAAACAGGAGUCCUCUAAAAUUUUGAUUACCCCCAUACCGGUUGUCAAACACCUUUUUAAUACAUGCUAACAUUUCAGUGCUGGAUGGUAUAUAGUUCCUCACCCCAUUGGAAUGAAUGUGGAUUGUGUUUUUCCCAGAAGUCAUUAGGACUCUCCUUUUCCCCUGUAUACUCUCUUCCCUCCUGUCAGUUUCAAUUCUGUUUUAACAUAUUUGAAGUAUUGUAGUAUGAGCGGUAACUUUGUUUUAUCAUGAAGCUUGCUCUCUCUCUCAAUAUGAUCUGAACUGAAGCUGACUGGAAGUGGAGGGCACAUAAAGGGUAAAUUAAGUGAGAAGAAAACUUGUUUUAUUUUUAGUAUCCACCACCCUCUGAUUUGGUCAUUUUCAAUCCUUCCCUUGAUCUUAUAUGUUGUGGAAGCUAGUGAUAUUGGCUGUAUCACGUGUAUGUACAUGUUAUAUAGCUAUUCAAGGAACUAAAUAAGGUCAUGUUGGUGGGACCCCAAAGAGGAAGAGUUAAUAUUAAAAUAAAAAAAGAGUAAAUACAAUUUAUUUUUAAAGUGCUGCUACAUGCUGGUAAAAAAAAAACACAAAAACAGCUGAAUUCAUAGUCAUCUAACAGUAUAGUGGGCUUAAAUGUUUUAUAGCGACCUUUUAAUCCAAGGCUUAAAAGGACACAAGUGGUUGGCAGACAAGUUUUAAUAGUUCAUGGGUUUUAAAAUAUAUUACCUACUUAUUAGUUUUUAAAAUAUGCACAGCCUACUUUUUUAAACACUGGAGUGGCUUUUCCAACAUGUACAAUAGUGGCAUUUGAUUGACUGCAGGUGGUAGCUAUUAAAACAUUAUUUCUGCUGGACACUUGUCCCUUUACUCUAUCCAUAUUAUAGUGUCCCCUUUGUUAAAUAAUCUCUUCACUCAGGCAUCUUCAGUUUUGUUUCCAAAAAAACAUGUUAAGUUAAAAAUGUGAUGUUCAGCUUUGUUAAACUGCUAACAAUUAGACUGUAAUCAAACAGGCAUUGGUAAUAUAUGAAAGGCUGAUUAAUUGCAUUUCCUGGUUAUUGUUGAAUUUAGGAAUUCAAAAGAAAAUUCAGUUUCAAUCUCUGAAAUUGGUGUCACUGCUUUUCUGGAAAAAGGGGGUACAUUUGUUUGCACUAGUUGAUAAACUGCAAAGAAAUAGAAAUUAAGUCCUGCCUAAUUUCUCAUUGUGCUGUAGGUGCAGCCAGAAAUAUGCUAUUGGAUAAAAUGUCCCAAUGCUGCUUAAAUAGUAUUCAAAAAUAUACAAUGUGCAAUUUUGAAUUUGUGAACACAGACUUAAUACGUUGCCACUAUGUUAUGUUGGCCACAUUUCCCUAACCAUCAAGUUUGAAAGCAAUAUUCUUGCUCAAAAGUCUAAAAAGAAGGAAGAAAAUGUGAUUUAAACUGACAAUGCUGUGUCGUGUGAGGCAUUGGGGUCAAUUUACUAUAGUGCCAGCAGACAUGAUACGAUGUAGCGUAUCAUGUCCGCUGCACAUCGAUAAAUGCCGACAGCAUACAGAUUUGGUGGCAAUCAACCCGAUCGUAUUCGAUCGGGUUGAUUUCUGUCCACCGCCUUAGAGCAGGGGCGGACAGGUUAUGGAGCAGCGGUCUUGAUAAGUUGACCUCAUUGGGUUUAGUAGUACAUAUGGAAAACUUUGGUCUUAAAAUUAAACACCUGUUUUGUUUGUUUGUUUUUUGGGGGGUUUUUUUGGGGGGGGGGGGGUUGUAUGAAAAUGUGCAUUGUUCCCUGCUCCUUGGUCUAAAAAGCAAAAUUUGUUAUCUGUGUUUUAAAAUGCUGCAAAUGCCUACAGCAGCUAUCCGAUUUGCAAAAUUUCCUUUCUGGCCUUCUAGGGAGCAUAGAACAAACACAAUUAUUUCACAAAAGCAAGAAGCGUUUAAUGUCCUUUUAAUCGUAUUUUUUGUUACACGCAGUAUUUUUUAUUUAAAGAAAGGCAAAUGUUACAUCUGUGUUUGUCACCUAAUAUGAGAUUUGUUUUAACUGUUGCUGCAGAUAAAACAGUUCAGGAUAAAAAAGAACAUAUCACUGUAUAAUGCAAGAAAGUAGCUUUUCUGAAAAGCUACAACCAGCACAACAAAAUGGGCAUUGAAGCCUUUUAAGAUGGAGAAGCCAGAAUAUCUCAUUCUGUCCACUGUUGAAUGACCUAUUGGUCCAAUAUAGUCUUUUAUUUAGUAUUCAGUGGGAAAAUAAUUUGCAACCUGACUGGCAAAUCAACAGUGAAUAGUAACAAUAAAUGAAAUUGAGAUUUUUUUUCUAUGUAAUAAGCUAUGCUUUAAUGGGUUUCCCAUUUACAGUAUCUGUUACCUCUUACAUUUAUUUUACAGUUGUUUUUAUUUCCUGCACACUAAAAUAUAUACAUAUAUAAAAACAUCAAAUUAUAUUUGCUGUUGAAACUUAUUGUUCAGUGCAUGGUUUUAAUGUUUACUGGCAAAAUAAAGCAAUAGACAUCCUCCAAA